UCUCCUAGUCUUCCAUCUCUCUCCCCCUCCCCCAUUACAAAUAAUUAACCCCAACUACUGAACCAGCCAGAAAAGAUGGACUUAAAGCUCGCCGGGAAGCCCACGACUGCGCCACUACCAGAUCGACCAUCCCGUUGGUCCCAGCAUAGGCGGGCCCAGUCAGAGGCCUCUUCCCUGUUUUCAGAUGACACCCACCUCAACAAUGUCUUUUCUGACUUUAACCUCGCUUCCCUCGACCUCCUCGACUCCGCCACCACCGUAGGUGGCGGCAACACGACCAAGCCCAAGUAUCCACAACCCGAUUCCCAGCUACAAAGCAUGUCGGUUGACAGUAACUUUUUCGACUGGCUAGACUUCACCUUAGCCGACGACCCUACGAAGUGUCCAGCGGCUGGUCAACAACACUACCACAAGCACAUUAAGUCGACACCUGGUUCGACAUCGUCGUUUAAAGCAGAGUCCUCUUCUGUUAAAAUGAUGGAUGUAGCCAAGAGGGUGGUAGGGCCUGAUGAGCUCGCUGAGCUGGCUUUAAUCGAUCCCAAGAGAGCUAAAAGGAUUCUUGCAAAUAGGGAAUCUGCACAACGUUCAAAAGAGCGAAAAAUGAAAUAUACAAAUGAGCUAGAGAAGCAAGUGUUGACCCUUCAAGCUGAAAUAGUUGCUCUCUCUGCUAAGGUCACAAUGUUCCAGGAAGCCAAUGGUGAAUUAACUGUCAAAAACAAGGAACUCAAACUACGCUUACAAGCAAUGGAAGAACAAGCAUGCCUCCAAGCUGUGAUAAAUGUAGCAAUGAAGGAAGAAAUUCAGCGACUUAGGACUGCAAGAGGUCCAACCCCAAUUGCAAAUGGAAGCCAUCUUCACCAAAAGUUUUUCUCCUCGGUUCCUUUCUCGUCUGUAGAUGGUCGAGCACUUUAGUAACAAUCAGACUUAAGCUAUUCUGCAUGCCUCAACUGAGGGCUAAAUUGUCCUACUUAACCCAGCCUAGCUUCUUGGAUUGAGUAUCUAAGGGGGCUAUAAUGCUAGUGUUGCUGUUUGUAGAGUGUAAUGCGACCUGGUUUGCACCACCAUAAGCGCAUGUUUCUUCCACUUCCACAGACGUCGCCACCUAAUAAUAACACACCCUUGAAAAAGAUGUUGCACGAGCUUGACGACAACUUCAACGAAAAGUCUAUCCUGUAACCAAAGCAGAAGAAUUUCCCCACGGAAAUUUGGGAUAACCCUUCUGAUGGUUAAUUCAAAAUUGGGAAUUUGGGAUGGCUUAGAAUGAGGAAAAGGUAACGAAGAAAAGUAAUGGCUAGAAAUUUUCCUAACUUUUUUGAGAGAGGCUAAUUGUCUUUUAGACCUCAGCCCUUUUGAUAUCUGCAGUUAGGCAAAUCACACUUGAUUCAUUGAAUCUACAUUUAGUAGAUUUUCGGGGUAUAGUACGAGCAUUCGUUUCAUCCUUGGCUGUUGAUUUCCAGGCUGAUCACAAAUAUCAGCGACGAUGACGACGGCUUUUUACGGUGUGCGAUUUCUCCUAAGCUAGUCGAGUGGAAAUAGUAUUAUAAUUAGUGUGUUACCCCCAAUGACCAAUUGUGGGCGCGAACUUAAUAAGCUGCAAUCUAGCUAAGAUUGUACCCAGUGUCUAGUGACGCCUUGUAUGUGUUGGGCCGCUCUCCGAACCAACACUUUUGCUUGUAGCUCUUUCAAUACCUAAUGGCGUUGAAUGAAGAACUAUGCUUUUUUUU